UUUGGUCGGCGACACGGCAGCUUUGCCGGACGCCUUUGAAUCUCACUCUUUCUUGCUGAUCCGCGCCCGCACGAAUCUCGACGCGCUGGCCCAUUUCGCGGGUCGCCGGCGCGCCACACGAGCGAGCCCCGCCCGGCCGCCCCGCUCCCCCUCCGGAUCUCGGGGCUUUCCAGAAUCGCCGCUCCGGCCACCCCCCAGCCUCCGCCGGAUCCAGAACCUUCCAGAACCCUGCGCCCCGCCCUCCUCCCCUCCGCCGGAUCUCGACACCCCUUGGCGGGCGCGGCGCCGGCCGCAAGAUGGCGGCUGUACAAGAACCAGUGCCCCUUGGAACUGCUAGCCGCAACGGCAUCGCCUCUGAGGAGCCUAAACUUGUCGUGGCAGAGAAUGGGAAGACGGUUGAUGUUCAGGACAAGGAAGUCUGCACGGAAGGCCUCUGCUCCAUAAGUGCUUAUGAUCAGUGGACGCCUCUCUCUGUCUCGGGGCAGCUUCCAAGACCCCGCUACAAGCAUGGAGCUGUUGUGGUUCAGGAGAAGAUGUAUGUCUUUGGUGGCAAUCACAAUGGCCGUUACCUUGGCGACAUUCAGGUUCUGGAUUUCAAAAGUCUUUCAUGGUCAAAGCUGGAAGCUAAAUCACAAUCAGGACCUUCAGAAUCAGCUGAAGCGGUUUCAUGUGCUGGUCAUUCACUGAUUCCAUGGGGAAAUAAGAUCCUAUGUCUUGCAGGACAUACCAGGGAACCUACAGAAAGUCUCAGUGUUAAAGAAUUUGAUCCACAAACAUGCACUUGGUCAACCUUGCGUACUUAUGGAAGCUCACCGAGCUCAUGUGGUGGUCAAUCAGUGACUCUUGUUGGCGAUACAUUGGUUGUGUUUGGCGGUGAAGGUAACGGGAGAUCUCUUUUGAAUGAUCUUCACAUUCUUGAUCUCGAGACCAUGACUUGGGAUGAAUUUGCGACCACAGGUACUCCUUCUCCAAGAUCAGAGCAUGCUGCUGCUUGCUUUGCAGAGCGGUAUCUUCUGAUAUUUGGUGGGGGAUCUCAUUCUACAUGUUUCAGUGACCUGCACGUCCUCGACACCCAGACAACCAGAGCAACAAGGUGUUACUCCAGAACCAAGAGCAGGCAUGCAGGUGUCUCGGAUACUCUUGUACUUAACAUGUCUACUUAUGAAUGGUCAGUUGUCGCUGGUCUUGAGGCCCGUGCACCCCCAACAAGUGAGGGCUCGAGUUUAGUAAUGCACACGAUUAAUGGAGAAAAUUUUCUGGUGUCAUUUGGAGGAUACAGUGGGCGUUAUAGUAAUCAGGUUUAUGCCCUCAAGGCAAGUCUAAAACCAAGUGUCCCAUUUCCACAAAUAAACGAAGCUGGGACAAAUGGCAUUGCCCUCGUACCCCCCAUAUCUGAAGCAGCAAAUUCUAGUAGGAAAGUCAUAUUUGAAAUCGAGGAACUUCAAGAUAAGCCUGGCAAUAAGGCAGAUACCAGCAAAACCGCAGCACAAGUAGUUAAGGGUGAAAGAAACCAAAUAGAGGACAAACUUAACCAAGAGCAGUUGCAGAGUCUUCGCCUGAAGCAGGAACUAGCUAAUGUGGAGAGAAGAAAUACAGAACUUACUGAGGAGCUCCACUUAGUUCGAGAUCAAAUUUCUGCCGAACAAGAGAGGGCUUCCAAACUUGAGGAUGAGGUUUCAGAGAUUCAAGAACAGCUACAGAAGAUGGAUGCCCUAGAAAAGGAGUUUAAAUUGCUUCGUGGUGAAAUAGACUCUGGGUUUGACACAGCAGCAGCAAGUACAAACCAACCGCCCGGUGGUGUGGGAUUCUGGAGGUGGAGUGGAUGACUGUGGGCUGGAGUGUCGGAGAGAAGAUACAUCUGGCGUUGCAUUCAUUUGAUUUUGUCAUUUCUCAAAAUUUUGAUGGAAAAUACAAUAUGAAUCCUUGGACUCGAUCGGAAGCAUAUAUAUGGUUUUACAGGCAAAGAACAGACUGUAAGCAAAUCGCAGUCCAUCAGCUGUGCAAAGCGUUGAAUGUCAAUUUCAUGUGUAGCCAAGUAUUUCUGGGUA